AUGUACAUGUCCACGCGAUCGCUGCGCACCGUCGCAUGGUCGUCGCUUGCCUUUUCUGCUACCUCCUAUGUCAUAGACAACCUGAGUUUUGGCCAGACAGAAGGCCAAUACAUCUCUCCCGACCUACGGACCAUCCCUCACUGGGUGAUCCAAGGCAACGAGGACUACAUUCCCCAGAUUUUGUCUGACAGGAUUAUCCUCACACCACCAUAUCCCGGAAACAAGCGCGGUUCGUUAUGGAGUCAAGAUCCGCUACAUCACCAUGGCGAUUGGACCGCCGAGUUGGACUUCAGGGCCACGGGCAUGGAGCGGGGAGCUGGCAAUCUGCAGUUCUGGUAUGUCAGGGAUUCGCAGGCACGCGAGACACCGAACAGCCUGUAUACUGCGCCAAAAUUUGACGGACUGGUCCUGGUGAUCGACCAGUAUGAAGGACACGGUGGCUCCGUGCGAGGUUUCUUGAACGAUGGCUCGAUUGACAUCAAGUCGCACCCAGACCCGGACACGCUCGCCUUUGGGAAGUGCGAUCAUGCUUACAGGAACCGUGGUUCUCUGAGUUCAAUUAAGCUGCACCAUGCAGAAACCUUCCUCGAGGUGUCGAUUGACGGAGAGUCGUGCUUCAAGACGGACAAGAUUAACCUCCCAGACGGCUACUACUUCGGUGUCAGCGCCUCCUCCGCCGAAAACCCCGACUCCUUCGAAAUCCACAAGUUCAUCGUCUCGACGAUCGACGCCAAAAAGCCCGAGGACCCCAACAAGAACUACGCAAAGCCCGCCUGGCACCAGGAACAAGCCAACAUGGCCUCGCAGCAGGGCCACUCGCAACAAACCCACAAGCAAGGCGGUGCCGACCACUCUAACGUGCCCCAAAUGCUCGAGGACGUCCUGGCCAGCAGCAUCCGCAGUCAGGCCGACCAGUUCGCAGACCUGCACAACAGGAUCCAAAUCAUCAACAACCGCGUCGCCGAGAUCCACGAAAUGGUCGAGCACAUGACUCGCACUAACAACGAGCAAUACAACAACCUGAUGAACCGCGUUGUGCCCAUCGAUGACCGCAGCGCUGCGACAAUCCGCAAUGUCGAGAAGGUCGAGCGCACGACCAUGGAGAUUCUGCGCGAUCUCGAGAGCAAGGACUUCAAGGACAUGAUGCUGCAGAUUCACCGCGCGCUGGAAAACACGCAUGAUGGGCUUAGCAGGAGUCUGCCAGAGGCCAUGGGCGUUGUGGUGGGCAAGCAUGGACCCAGCCUAACGAGCUUCUUGUUCGUGGCGGUUGCGGUGCAGAUCAUGGUUACGGGCGCGUAUCUCGUAUACAAGAAGAGGAGGAAUGGGCAGCCGAAGAAGUACUUGUAA